AUGCCAGAGACGGAUGAUACAGGAAAACAUGACGAUUCAACGAAAACUAAAAAUGAGGAAAUUUAUGAUAAGGAGGAGAAAGAAGAUAAGCAUUCGGAUGAAGAUGAUAAAGACGAUAAAGAUGAGAAGGAAGGUAAAGAUAAUAAGAAGAAAAAGAAAGACAAGGAUGAAAAAGAUGACAAGAAGAAGGAUAAAAAAGAGAAGAAUCCCAAUGAUGAAAAGGACUUAGAAAAACUCAAACUUAAAGUGGAGAAAAUUGAUGCUAAAAUGCAGGAUUUGGAAGACCAGAGAGAGGUUAUUCUAGAGUUGUUUAAUGAAGCUGGGAAGAUUGCAGCUAAUGCAAAUGCUGCUCGCCUUCCAUUCGAUCCCUUAUCGAGCCACUUGACAAAGAAAAAGAAAAAAGCAAAGUGA